GGGUGGCUCCCAAGGUGAAUUUCAUGGCUGACGUGUAGAGGAGAUUGUCUCUGCUCGUACUCGCUGUCGUCGUGUUCCUCAUCGUCGUUUUCCUCCACGUGUGUUUGUCGUGGCGGCUGUGGAAACAACAUCGCAAGAGGAGGGCUCCAACGAAACAGGUGGCAGGGGAACGUCCGAUGGCGAGCAUGCAGGCACGCGAAGGUGUUGGUGCAGGUCAAGGCGGAAGACGACCUCCGACUGCGGAGCCUCCACGACGGUACGACCCAUCUUUGUACAACCAUCUAAAGUUGUGGGAGAUGCCACUACCCCGGUCCAACGAGGACCCAGAGACGGAAGAACUUCCAACGUUGCCUCUUGCCAGCGGGUCGACGCAGCUGUUGUCGCAGACAAUGCGAGCAUGUGGGUCGGCUAGCAACAAAGGCGGCGAGUUCACCUCACUGUUGCACCAAGGCUUGGGAGACGACGACGAUGGGGGACUUGAUCUCAGGCUCAGGUUGUGUUCUAGCGGCGCUAGGAAGGUGAGCCGCACGUUCAUCGUCGACGCCGAUCCUUCGCCACGUGGCGUUCAACAAUCUGGAAGUCAGCAUACGGAGCACUCCACACUUCGUGGCGGUGUGUCCGUUACUGGCGGUGUCGAGCCAUCGGCAGUAGGCCGGCACCAUGGAUCGAGUGCACCGUCCGCCGAUCGAUUGACAAGUACCUGCCCCGCACGCAAUGGAGUCGCAACCGGGUCCCUGCGCAUCGGCAGUGCACGUCCUUCGAUGCCCAAACGCACAACGCCGACCCAACCCGACCUCAGGGACGACGGCGCGUGCAGACCAGCGGUGCGUCCAGCACCCACUGUAGAGAACAUCACACGAGGAGUGUCAAAUAUGCGGGCACACAGCGAUGGCGGCGACGACGAUGGUGGUGGCGGUGAUGAUGACGACGAACGAUUUAGGGAGGACGUGGAAGCAGGGGACGACGAUGACGACAUUCCUAUUCGGCCUUUGGGGAAAACGGGUGGGAGGGGAAGAGGACGCAGCAGACGUGCUGUUCGUGGCCAAUCCGUUAGCCGUGGGGGCAGAGGUCGCGUCAGUGACGACGGCGAGAAGUCUGCGACGUACUGGUCUCCGAAAGAGCAAAUGCAACUGGUGAGAUGCAAGCGGGAGCAAGAGAUGCACCUCGUCGGGUUGGGUCACAAUUACGGGCGGAUGCGGACCAAGGAGUGGAAGUGGGACGACAUUGCGAAGCGCAUGGCGAACGCGGGGAAGCCUAAAGACGCGGACGACUUCAUGAAGAAGUGGGACAAUCUCUUCCAAAACUACAAGAAGAUACAGAGGUUUCAAAAUGCGAGUGGCCGACCAGAUUUCUUCGGGCUAUCGAAUGAAGAAAGGAAGGAGCACAACUUCAAGUUCCGGAUGGAGAGGGUGUUGUACAACGAGAUCCACGCGGGCAUGAUGGGCAACCACACAAUUUUCCCUCCCAACGUCGCCGACACUGGAAGUCCGGACGGGGUGCAGCUGCCCAGGCGAGGAGCGGGUGUUGGGGAGUCUGUUGGUAGUGAGGCCGCUGGUGAAGGCUUCCCUGAAGAACGUUCUUCUACGAGGGACUCCGACAACAACGCAGCCAGCGGGGCUGGAGGUGGGAAGCGGAAGAAUGCGCGUCAACAGGCUUUGGAGUCGAUUGCUGAUGUCAUGGACCGCCAUGGCGAACUGAUGUCGUCGACGAUCGAAUCUUCCUUGGACGACCACUGCCGACGCCAUUUUUGCCAUCUCGUCUCGUGGACGAUCUUCGGUGGAGUCGUCGUCCUUCUGUCUGCCACGCCGACGUCGUGCGUCAAUCAUCUCGCCGCGGAUCACUGCGAACGUCGCUCUUCUAUUCUUCUCGCCGCCAGUCUUUUCGCCGCGGAGUACUGUCGCUGGGGUUGUCGUCCUUCUGUCCACCACGUGCUCGUCGUGGUCUUCUUCCCGCGGAGGACAGAUCUUCUGCGUCGCGGGGGUACCCGUCGUCGUCACGCCACAGCAGCACGGGAGACGUAUUUCUCGCCAGAUCGACGACACUUCAAACGAAGGUCGGCGAAGCACUUCCCGCUCAUCCGAUCACACCACCAAGCUCGCCUGCAGAGGUCACCACGAAGCAUGUCUACGCGAGGGAACACCCGUGGGAAGAAGCGCGACAUAGUCCCUGGCGACAGCCAAGGGCAGGGAAGAGGUCGGCGGCAUGCCCCGAACGCGAAGAGGGUGCGUUCGGAAGAUGCGUUAGCAAGGGUGCCUCGUCGUGGAGCGCAAGGUUGGGCGGCAGCAGCGGAAGGGGACUACGACGAAGAGUUCACGACGGAGGAGGAACAGGCAGAGGCGACCACGUCUGCAGUACGGGAGAGCGGUCGGCAACACUCUACUGAUCGGAGCGCUUCGAAGAGGAUGCUGACCCCUCCACCCGAGGCGCAGCACCUGCGUGCCCGCGAUACGCGGACAGAGAAGGCUGUCAUCGUCGAUCUUUGCGGCGAGGAUGACGAGCCCUUGGAUAGACGUCGCAUGCGCACUCGUACAACGACGACCCCACCGCCGGCGGUGACGGCACGCACUGCUGUAAACGAAAGGCCAGUCUCGGGUAGGCUGCCCGCCACGCCGUCUCAGCCACGUCAGCGCAACGAGGGUGGUGACGGAGGGUCUGUCCAACGCGGCGGCGGGGGGGAAGUCGUGGCAGACGCGCGCGCAGUUGCGGCCGAAGCGGCAGGUGCUGCGGGGGCGGGUGGUUCAGGCACUGUGGACCCCGUUGCGACGGCGAGAGAGGAGGCAGCAGUCGUGGCGACGACGAGAGAGGAGGCGCAUGGCGAGAAGAAAGGCGAUCGGGAGGGCGGCGAGCCCGGUUCAAGCCGGGUACGUAGGGAAGUGAUGGCAAAAGACCUCAUCGAUCGUGCCGUCCUUUGGGUCGAUGACAAAGCUUUCUGGACGACGGGGGAGGGGCGAAGACUGUACAACAUCGUCCACGAUACGAGAGAGUACUUCGUCGCCAUCGCCAACAGACUUCCACCGCUUGCCGUCCCUCGGAGUGUCGUACUGCCCAAAUCCAUUACGCGCGUAGGCAGGAUCGCCGACCAAUCACAGCUGCAGCAAGCGAUCUCCCGUGCGGCGGCAGUGGAGAACGUUGCUCUGCGCAUCUUGCACGGCUGGGUAUUCAAGUUCGGGAACCGCCCAAGGGGAUACCAUGUGGCUUUCCAGUACUCGCUGGAAUCCUUUGCUACAGACAUUGCGCGUGCUAUGUGGUACGGUGAGGAGUGGUGCGACGUCGUUAGUCUGGCGGUUUGCGCGCACACGAUAGAUCUGUCCAUGGACUUGCCACUGUGGUUCGCCGGCGCCAACAUCGAGGACAGACCGGACGACGACGACAUGGCGGCGCACCAGGAGUCCACCGUCGUCUGCGUCCCGCAUGCAUUCCGCGCGGCAGUGCAAAUGGGGGCGCUGAUCGACGGGGAGUUAAUCUUGCACGAUCGUCUUUGUCGGGUGACUGACUGCUUCAGGCUGUUGUUGGCGGCGUGCAUGUGGAUAAUGCGCAUGGCGGGGGACGAUCCGCGCAGCCACUACGAGGCUUUCUACUUCGUGAACCUCGUGGCGAAGCCCACACUCGUCGCGUCCAUGCAUCGCUCCUUCGAUCAUCGACGACCCGUCGUCCGCGCCGCGAAAGUCGUCACAGAGAGGCUCAGGAAGGCGAACGCUACGUUCGGAAAGUACUCCGACUACAUCCCUCAAUGGGCACCCUGCGGCAUUGGUUUCAGGCACGACGCGAGCAUAACGGGGCCGGAGGAUGCGAAGAAGCUAGAUUGGUUGGGUUCGGGCCCCCCCCAUGAUGAGAACAACAACAACGGGAAAGAUGACGCGUAGGGGGGGGGGGGGGGGGUUGCUGCUUGUGUGGACGCGGGCGCAUGUACAUGUGGCUGGUCGUGAUGGGCUUCGCUGUGGUUGCACCAUCG